AUCACACUUCUCAUCUUACCAAUGUUCCAUCACAUUUCCUUACUCUUCUCUGACAUCUAAAUUGACCAACUCUCAAUUCCUCCACCACCACCACCACCAUGGCUGCCACAGCUGCUGCCGCCAUAAGCUCUUCCUUCUCCUCAUCAAUGCACAUUCACACCACUCUCAAGUGCAUGCCUUCUCAUCACGUUAAACUUUCUCCAUCACCUCGCGUUUUACCUUCUAUUUCGCUUUCUUCCUACGCCAUUAAUUACAUCACUAUAGGAGCUUCGCGUGCCCUCAAGAUAUCUGCUGCUGUCGCGCAGGAGGAGGCUGCUUCUGCCACUGCCACUGCCGCUGAACAGGAAGUAGAAGGAGAUGGAGAGGCCGAGGUUCAGCCUCAGAAUGAGAAUCUGACCGAGACUCGGAGUACUGUAACUCCUGUUAACACUAAGCUUUAUUUUGGGAACUUGCCUUAUAACGUUGACAGUGCUCAGCUGGCGGCGAUAAUACAAGAUUAUGCAAGUCCAGAGCUUGUUGAGGUGCUAUACAAUAGAGAAACUGGAAGAAGCAGAGGGUUUGCAUUUGUGACAAUGAGCACCAUUGAAGAUUGUAAUGCAGUCAUAGAAAACCUUGAUGGGAGAGAAUAUUUGGGUCGAAAUUUGAGGGUGAACUUUUCUGACAAACCAAGGCCUAAAGCACCUUUAUAUGCAGAAACUGAAUACAAGCUCUUUGUUGGAAAUUUAUCCUGGUCGGUAACAACUGAAAGUUUGACCCAAGCUUUUCAAGAGUAUGGAAAUGUGGUGGGAGCAAGAGUUGUGUAUGAUGGAGAAACGGGAAGGUCGCGUGGGUAUGGCUUUGUGUGCUAUGCAACCAAAGAAGAGAUGGAUACUGCCCUGGAGUCUCUCAAUGGAGUGGAAUUAGAAGGGCGAGCUAUGCGAGUAAGCUUGGCUGAAGGAAGACGAAUGUAAGAUGAUGAAAAAUUAAGUGAGUUCGAAAAGGUUUGAAGAUCAUCAUCAGUAAGGUUCAGAAAUUACAAGGAUACAUUAGUUUCAUAUUGCAAAUGCAGUCAUUAGAGAGACCUGAAAUUCCCUCUAGUUUCCACUAGUGUAUUUUUCUAAGUAGAGCUUGUGAAAUUUUCAUGGCUAUAUCUUUACUAAUUAUGAUAAUUAAUUAAUAUGAAGCAUCAAAUUGCAAUCCUUGUUGCAAAA